UCUCGAGGCCAAUGUGUGUUGAUUGUGCUGUGGCUAGCCGUAAGAAUAUUGGGUGAAGUCGCGGACAAAACGGUAGUGUAGUGCAGCACGUGAAAUGUCCCCUGUAAUUGAUUCAUUUGACGCCUUUUCAAAACAGCCAUGCCCUGGUGGGUUCUGCCAACCUAGGCACGUUUGUCCCCAAGGGGGGCCAGGACAGAGCGUGGAUCCUCAAGACGCGGGCCUUAUAACAUUACGAUUGUUAGAGGACGAGGACGAAGAUAUUUGUUUAGAUCUCAUGAUGACCUGUUGCUUGACGCCCAACGUUACGACGAAUCCUUCAAGCUACGGCACUAUAAAGGUUGAUAAUAAUGAUAUUUUUCCAAACGACACGUGCGGUGAAAGCAACCCAGGUGGGUUGAAAUACAAACUAGAGUCCGACGGGGCAGGCAAGGCCUAUGCCCAAUACGGCGAAUUUCCCUGGAUGGUGGUUUUGAUCGAGGAAACGUAUCAGUCAAGCGGCCAGUCAAGGUACGAGCCGAUUGGCGGAGCAUCCUUAAUUCAUCCGCGGUUCGUCGUAACGGUGGCGCAUAUUUUGGAAAACCCACUACCAAACAGAGUGUUUGCCCGCUUCGGCGAAUGGGACUUUGCCAGCCAGGCGGAAUAUUGGCCAGUGGAGGAUAUCGACCUUAAUAAAAACGUUUUCAUUCAUCCGAAUUACAUUGCCAGAGGUUUUAAAAAUGAUAUUGCCCUGGCCAAACUGGAGCAGCCGCUAGUCUACAAAACGCACAUCCGGCCCAUCUGCCUACCAACUUCGGCUGCCAAGGAUCAGUUCGAAGGUCAGCGAUGCACUUCGAACGGGUGGGGUGUAGAAAUGAAGACCAGGACGUACGCUUCUGUGAUGAAACGAGUUGAUCUGCCCAUCCUGCCGCGUGAAAAGUGUGAAACAAUGUUACGAGCAUCCAGAUUGGGACCAUUCUUUAAGCUGCACUCCAGCGUCAUCUGUGCCGGUGGUGAGCGGGAUCUGGACAUGUGCACCGGCGAUGGCGGCUCCCCGUUAGCGUGUCGGACGUCCGCUGGAAAGUACGAGUUGGCCGGGAUUGUGUCCUGGGGACUUAGUUGCGGAGAUCAAAACACUCCGGCCGGUUAUGUCGAUGUUGCGCAAUUUGUUGGGUGGAUCCAUGAAAAGAUCGCCGAAAAUGACGUUGCCUGAUAAUGGGGCAUUUUAGCGCCGGAUCAAUAAAUAGUGUUCCAAGAUUUUCUCACGAAAUAUCAAACGCAUUUAUUAUGCUGUUUGAAGUCCGUCGAACCGAGUGAU